AUGAAUGGUAAUCUAUCGCUGGCAAUCAAUGUUCUGUGCUUGAGUACCUCGUAUUGGGGUUACAAAUGGUCAACACAGAUCCAGUUACCACCAACUCUGGAGAAAGCGGGCCACAAACAAUUUUUCACCAACAUUUCAUUAAUGGCAACAAUGGUCAGCAACGUUGCUAGCAUACUGAACUGGUGUAUUCAGAGGAUGGUUGGUCCUUCAAAAGCUAGAGAGGAUAAACCCUUCUUUGCUAACUUAUCUGAAUUGGUUAGUAGACAUAUCAUCCUGCCUCAGGCUCUCGUGCUUGAAACAGUUGUCCCACUUAUCUAUUGGCCUUUGAGACUGUUUGCUAUCAAACUCAUCAUGCAAGGUGUUGCCGAUGGGGAAUUGAGCGGACCACUGAUCCCAAUCAGUGUUGAUAUCGCAAUUCAUGCGUUGCCGUUUAUCUUCCUAUUCAGCGACCAUUAUCUGUCUGGAUAUGGUGCCAGAUUCAGAUUAUCUAACACUACUGCAUGGUUUAUAAUUGUGGCUACCGCCAUGAGCUAUUAUAAAUUUUUGCAACUCAUUAUCGACCCCACAACAGGCCAGACUUACCCUUACCCAUUCUUAGAUGUGCCUGAACCUUAUAAGUCUGUCAUUUUCGUUAUUACAGCCACAAUCGCUUGGAUAUUCUAUGCCCUCUAUCAAAGAUUCCCUCCAAGAUCACUACUUAAGGAAACGAUUAAAAUGGAUUGA